AUGGCGAGAUAUGGUCAGAGACCGGAGAAUGCCCUUAAACGGGCUAAUGAGUUUAUGGACUUGGACAAACCUGCAAGAGCUUUAGAUACUCUGCAAGAAGUAUUCCGUAAUAAAAAAUGGGCGUACAACUGGUCCGAGUCGGUGUUGGAGCCGAUCAUGUUCAAGUAUUUGGAACUCUGUGUGGACUUGCGCAAGUCACACAUUGCCAAAGAGGGUUUGUUCCAAUACAGAAACAUGUUUCAGUCUGUCAAUGUUGGUUCAUUGGAACAAGUUAUAAGGGGCUACCUACGUAUGGCAGAAGAGCGCACAGAAGCGGCUCGUGAGCAGUCCACUGCAGCAGUCAUUGAGACUGAUGAUCUGGAUAACCUUGCUACUCCCGAGAGCAUCCUGCUCAGUGCUGUGUCUGGAGAAGACGCUCAGGAUAGAUCUGAUAGGACUAUCCUUACACCAUGGGUGAAAUUCUUAUGGGAAUCGUAUUGUCAAUGCUUGGAGCUCCUCCGUACGAAUGCUCACGUGGAGACAUUGUACCACGAUAUUGCUCGCAUGGCCUUCCAGUUCUGUCUCAAGUACUCCCGAAAAACCGAGUUCAGGAAGCUCUGCGACAAAUUGAGAAAGCAUCUUGAAGAUAUCUGCAAGCCCACCGUGCAAACUGGCAAUGUGAGCAUCAGCAAGCCGGAGACCCAGCAGCUUAACUUGGAAACCAGGUUGUUCCAACUGGAUAGCGCAAUCCAAAUGGAAUUGUGGCAGGAAGCCUACAAAGCGAUUGAGGACAUCCAUAACCUCAUGAACAUGUCUAAAAAGACUCCUGUAGCCAAAACUAUGGCUAACUAUUAUGGCAAGUUGGCUCUGGUCUUCUGGAAGGCUGGCCACUGCCUGUUCCAUGCUGCUGCUCUGCUCAAACUCUUCCAGCUGUCCAGGGAGAUGAAGAAAAAUAUCACCCAAGAGGAAUUGCAGAAAAUGGCCUGUCGUGUCCUGGUGGCUGUAUUGUCGGUUCCAUUGCCGUCCCUGCACCCUGAAUUCGACCGCUUCGUGGAAACUGACAAGAGCCCAGUCGAGAAGGCACAGAGAUUGGCUGUGUUACUCGGCCUCGCUCAGCCACCGACCAGGGCUAGCUUAUUAAAAGACGUGGUCCGUCUGAACGUGGUGGCGCUGGCGACUCCUCAGCUGCAGCAGUUGUACUCGUGGUUGGAGGUUGAGUUUGAUCCACUGACACUCUGCAACAACGUCAAGAGUGUCGUCAAGUCCCUCGAGGAGGAGCCUAACUCACCGCUGGCUCAGUACACCGUUGCACUAAGUGAUGUAGCCCUGGUUCGGCUCAUCCGUCAAGUGGGACAAUGCUAUGCUUGUAUCCAGUUCUCCCGUCUCCUGGAACUGGCCAACACGGAUGACCUGUUCCAUCUGGAACGUCUCCUGGUCGACUGUGUCAGGCAUAAUGAUAUGCAGAUCCGUGUUGAUCAUGCUAACAAGUGUGUGCACUUUGGUGUCGAGGCUGGUGGCGGCGAGUGGUGCUCGGCCGCGGACGAAGCUUGCGGCGGCGCCAUACUGCAAGCCACUCCGGCUGAACAGGUCCGCGAGCAACUAGUCCGCGCGGCGGAGGUGCUGUCCCGCGCGGCGGCGACGUUGUUCCCGUCGCGGCGGCGCGCCGAGCGAGCCCGCGCGCGCGCGCACAUGGUGCAACACUACCACGAACACAAGCACGCGGAGCACCACCGCGUGCUGCAGCGGCACAAGAUCAUCGAGGAGAGGAAGGAGUACAUCGAGAGACUCAACACUGUCCGGGAGGAGGAGGAACUCAGACGUCAAGAGGAGGUGUCUCGUGCUGCGGCGGCCGCGGAGGCUCGUCGCUUGGAAGCCGAGCGCGAGGAGCGCGAGCGGAGGCGGCACGAGUCCGAGCUGGCCGCCAUGAGGGAGCGACAUCUCAGGGAGAGGGUCGCUCACAUCAGCCAGACUGCGCACGGACAGAAGAUGCUGUCGAAUAUUAAUGAGGAGGAACUCAAAAAGAUGGACGCUGAAGCCAUCGCUGCUCGUGAAGCUGAGGAGUUAAUGAAGGAGCGCCGUGAACUGCAGGCCAGACUUAAGUCGCAGGAGAAGAAGGUGGAUUACUUUGAGCGUGCUAAACGCUUGGAGGAGAUUCCCCUGCUGCAGAAGAGCUUGGAAGAGAAGCAGGUGCAGGACAAGGCAUUCUGGGAGACCCAGGAAAAAGAGCGCAUACAACAACUUAUUGAGGCCCGCGCCCGCGACGUGACGACGGCGAGCCGCCUGUCCCGCAUGUCUGUGCACCGCGAGCAGUUCACGGUGAAGCUGCGCAGCGAGCGCGGCGCCGCGCACACGCAGCGCCUGGCCGCCUUCAAGGACAAGCUGCAGGCCGAGCGGGAGAAACGACUCGCGGAACGGAGGCUGCAGCGGAUUGAGAAGAGGAGGCAGGAGUGGCUCGCAGAGAAGCGUCGCGCAGAAGAACGCGCUGCUGAGGAAGCGAAGCGUAUCAAGGAGGAGGAGGAACGCAAAGAGAGGGAGGAGAGGGAGAAGAAACAUGCUGAGGAACUCGCCGCAGCUAGGGAGAGGAAGGAGAAAGAGGAUAGGGAACACCAAGAAAUGUUGGCACGUACUGAAGCUAAGAUCAGGGCGAAAGAAGCAGAGAUACAACGCAAGUUGGAGGAACAGAAGGCACAGGCUAGUUCAAGCUGGAGAGACGGGGGCUCCGCCCGACCUGCGCCCGCCAGGGACGACGGGUGGAGGGCGAAGGCUGAGGCCAAGGAUGAAAAGAAACCUACACCCGGGGAUACUUGGCGAUCCAGUCGUGCAGCCCGUGAGCCGGCGGCAGUCCGCGAAGACCGUCCUCGCACUCCAGAGCGUAGAGCGCCGCGCGACGACAGACCCGCCAGGGACGAGAGACCCGUCAGGGAGGAUAGACCACCGCUUAGAGAGGACAGACGUGACGAAAGGCCACGUGACGAUCGUCCGGCUCGCGAGGAGCGCGGCCCGAGGGACGACAGGCCCAGGGACGAGCGACCCAGAGACGAGGGCGCGUGGAGGUCUGCCAACAGAGAACCAGAGAGGGACAGGCCUCGUUAUGGCGGUCGCUCCAGUGGUCCGGAGAGUGGCAGCUGGAGACGUGGACCUGCAGACCCACCACCAGCACCUUCUGAACGCUCAUCGACCUGGCGUUCUAAGGACGGUCCGCCACGAGACGAUCGUUACCGCGACGCACCGCGCGACCGCGACCGUGACCGCGAUGGCGGCGGGUUCCGUGAUCGUGAUCGCGACCGCUUCCCAGCUAGGAGGGAUGACCGUGACGGACCACGCCGUGAUGACCGAGAUGGACCGCGUCGUGAUGACCGUGACAGGGACGGACCGCGCCGUGACGAGCGUGACCGGGACGGACCAAGGCGUGACGACAGAGACCGCGACGGACCGCGCCGGGACGACCGUGACCGCGACGGACCGCGCCGCGCGCCACCACGACGUGAGGAAAAACCUCGCGACCCAGACGGUGAUGACUGGCAGACGGUCAACUCCAGGCGUUAA